ACCUCAAAACCUUGAUAUGGAGUAUGACAAACUGCCAUUCAAAACAUAAUCGACGUCAACCGACUGCGAGCCCGUCAGCUACGCUCAAUUGCUCCAUAUAUCGCGAACGGAUUCUCCGUUCCCUCGAGCGUCACCUUCCUCAUUUCUCCUCUUGCCAUACACUAGUGCAGAAAUGGGCGACGUGAAUAUCGCAAAUCCUCCGGCGCCGCGCGUGCCCUACUACACGCCCGCACAGUACCCCGCCUCCGGUACCGCUGUGGACACAGGGAAGAAGCCGAUCCCGACGCUCUUCCAGCCCCUCAAAAUCCGCGGCCUCGAGUUCCACAACCGCAUAUGUGUGAAUAUAUGCGUUGAUAUCCGCCUCUACAUGCUGAUCCACAGCAUGGCAAUAUUGCGCUACGUAGCUCUCUCCGAUGUGCCAGUACUCCGCCGAGAAUGGCAAGCUCACUCCCUGGCACUUCGCCCACCGUGCGCACUCCUCUAUCCUUCACGUCCUAACGCACACCCACUCACAUCCCCAUAGU